AUGUUGGUGAUAAAGGUCGCACCUGUUUUCCUUCUGUUUCUCGUCGUGGGGGCUGAGAAGAAAAUCGAACUGCAAGACAUCGAAGAGGACAAUUUGAAGAGUGAAAAGGAAAAGGAGCUCGAGAAGAAUGAGGCGCGCACACAAACGUCAGGCCCGGGCUCGGGCCCGGGACUGCUGCCGCUGGAGUUUUUGAAGAGCGGGUUGUUGCGGUACUUCGAGACUCCACCGCAGGCGCAGCAAGCGCAGCAACCGCGCUAUGUACAGCAGUACGCGGUGACGGAACAACCGGAGAGGCCGCCGGAGUCUGUCGCGCAGCCGAAGCCGCAGUAUGGUCCUCCUGGACCGCAGCAAGCUAUGGUCGGCUACCUAUCCAACGUACCGAUGCAGAUUUAUCUAGUCCCUCAAUACUAUAACGAGCCGUCGGAGCAGGCUGCGAGCCCUCAGGCGGCGGUGCAGUACUCAGCACCCACAGUGGGUCGAGUUGCUUACCCAACAGCACCUGAAUCAGUACAACCGCAAACUAAUUACAUAGAAGUACCUACAUACGUCGCACCAACAGGCAAGGCGUACAUACAACCUUACUCCUCGCCAGUUACUUACGUUACUUAUGCUCAGCCGACCGUUGCUCCCGCGCAAUCUACUGUCGGUCCUGUGGUGUAUCAAAUGCCGUUAGUACAAUAUCCGACGGCAAUUGUUUCACCUCCAACGGCGCCUAAGGGCUAUUACCAGCACUAUACUGAUACGAACGCAGUUGAAGAAGACCAAAAUGAGGUCGAGAGUCCCAAACAGUACGUAACGCAGUCGGAGCCAUCUUAUAACAAACCAACUGCUCCAGAAUAUCCUCGGUAUUAUAAUUCUCGCACUCCUUUGAGGGAAGACCACAGACACAGCUCACCGGGUUCACACGGUUCACACGGCCCUAUUUCAGAAUUGCCGCCGCCAAAUCCCCUAUUAUUGAAGGGUCCACCUCCACACCUCGCUCACCUGCCAAAGGCUUUACCGAUGUAUAGACCUUUAUCAAAACCGAUAUAUGCGGCCGGUGGAAACCUUUUGACCAACUCUUACAUUCCAAGGCCCAGUGAAGCUUACGGAGCGCCAUUUAAAAGGCGACCGAAUUCUCUUUUAGAUUCUUACAUUCCUUCUAGCUUGCAAGUGGAGUAUCUUAAAAGAGGGUAUACGAAAGACCCUUUGGCUGCUUACGAAGCCCUAUCAAGCGGUCGUCACUUCCAGAAUACACCCGGUCCAAGGCAUUAUGAGCGAGGGUUUCUCCCCAACCAGAUGUACCAUACAGCUGCCGGAGGCAUCACAUAUGGACACUACAAGCGAACUCCGAAGGUAGAGAAAGUUCCCCAAAAAUAA